AUGGCAGUCGAUUUCUCGAAGUCACAGAAGGCGCCCAUGCUUCUCAACGAUCUCUCGGAGGACGUCAUGUUCGCCUUACGGAAGUUCUGCGGCACCUACGGCAACAAGACCAUGACCCAGCCUGCCCUCAAGAUGCUUCAGCCGAUACCACUCGUCCGCUCUGCUCUAGCAGUCAAGGAGGCAGACAAGAUGUCUGCAGCACCGUGAAACCUGGCAGCGUCAAAGUGUAUGCAAGAGAUCGCGGUUCGUGGUUUCAUCAAGCUCAUCGAGUACGCCCUGAGCACCAUGGACGGGCCGCUGCAGAUGCCUCACAAGUGAAAGGACAUGGUGUACUACACGACCCUUGGUUCAGGUGUGUAUCUAAUGUGGCUACAUCAAUUCGUGACACGUACCGAAGACUUAUGUUGUGUUGUGCUGGUCGUGUGAUGGCACGCCCGACCAUCAUGUGGAAUGUACCAAAUAGUUGCAACGGCUUGAAUUUGAUGCAGACCACUAUUAGUCGACAACACCUCUGCUUGCAUAGACAUUCCAGCCCCGAACGAAUUCGCUGCCAUGCCUGAAUCAGAGGCAAGAGGGCACACGUUGACGACACGUUCACCACGAGACAAGGUGCUGCUCCGCCUCCAAAAAUGCACACAAAUAGCGGACUUCCUCUUGCUCCCACACGCGCUGUUGCCGUUUGAAAUGUAUCGCAGGCACCUCCAAGGCGAAGACCUUCAUGGAGAAACCGUCGACCGUCCUAACCAAGUGCAAGAGCUACAAGGCCGAGUACACGAAAGUGUGGCUCUGGCUUGACACGUAAGUUUUGCGGGCAAGUCGGAUUCUCAGCGCAGCGUAUUUCCCUCUCUCGUGGCGUCGCACACUCCGAAAACCGGGAGACGAAAGCAAUGCAACCCUAAUUUCGUGUGUGGAAAACAAAAUCGACGGUGCUUGACGUGAGGAUCUUCGUAAAAUCACGAGGGUUCUUCAUGCCUGUGUUGGUCAAGCAUGUGUGUGCGUGCGUGUGUUUGUCGUUAAGUAGUCUACACAAAACGGGAGGAUGAAGACACACACACACUUUCAUUGGUCAGCCGGUUAGCGCGGUCGAUGCCAAAAAUUAAAAUACAAACACACACAUAGCGACAGAGACAUGGACAAGGGAGGAGGGAGACACACCACCGGGAGAGCGAGACGGGAGGGUGUGCCCUGUACUACUGCUGUUGGCUAUCGGUGGAGUAAGCGAGAGAAGCGAAGAAGCGUUUGGUUGUUGUGCGUCGUUGUUGUUGCGCGCUUUUUGCCAGCAGCGUUUUUUUUUUCGCAUGAAUCAGCGAGAGAGGCCCUUCUUGGAAGAGAGAGCCACACCAACACGCUACUAGACGCCACCAUUGAUUGUGCAUGCACUGCUGUGCACCUCAUUUUACUUUUGUGCGAGGGCCUUCUGCUGUGGAGUGUCACCUGUGCCUUCCCUGCUAGUCUGGUCACCUAUCAAACGCGUGCCUUUGAGUUGCCAAUUCAAAAACAGGAAAGAAACAUAUAGAUAAUGGGCACAUAUUGUUUUUCUGCUAGAUGAUUGCCACCCCCCCCAGGAUUCGAAACGCACCAGCGUACUGCAGGUAUAUAGCUUGUACUUCCCACCCUCUAGUUUUGCCCUGCGCAAAAUGAAUGACAUGACGUAGUUGGGCGUGCCUCGUCGUAAACAAAAAAUAACGAAGCCGGGACAGCGGCAACACUAAAGGUUGAACACUUGUUACUACGCGUGGUCGAAAACACUGCUGUGAUAUAACAACGUGACCGCUCACCUCGAAUCCGUUUUGUUCCCUGUGCGUUUUUCGUUUUGUGUCAGGAACGACAAGAACACACCGU